CUUACAUCGACCUCAUUGCAGUCGAAUUGUAAGACGCUCUUUCCAGGAGCAUCUACAAAGGUCGAGUGCAGUUAACUCAUUGAAAAUGCGUGAGUGUAUCUCCAUCCACGUGGGCCAGGCUGGAGUCCAGAUUGGCAAUGCUUGCUGGGAGCUCUACUGUCUGGAGCAUGGGAUUCAGCCGGACGGACAGAUGCCCAGUGAUAAGACCAUUGGAGGAGGAGAUGAUUCCUUCAACACCUUCUUCAGUGAGACUGGAGCUGGGAAACAUGUCCCCAGAGCUGUGUUUGUGGACCUAGAGCCCACAGUCAUUGAUGAGGUGCGCUCUGGAACCUACCGCCAGCUGUUCCACCCUGAGCAGCUCAUCACUGGCAAGGAGGAUGCGGCCAACAACUACGCCCGUGGACACUACACCAUUGGCAAGGAGAUUAUUGACCUGGUGCUGGACAGGAUCCGCAAACUGGCUGACCAGUGCACAGGCCUUCAGGGCUUCCUGGUCUUCCACAGCUUUGGAGGUGGAACUGGCUCUGGUUUCACGUCCCUGCUGAUGGAGCGCCUGUCUGUUGACUACGGCAAGAAGUCCAAGCUGGAGUUCUCCAUCUACCCAGCUCCCCAGGUGUCCACAGCUGUGGUGGAGCCCUACAACUCCAUCCUGACCACCCACACCACCCUGGAGCACUCUGACUGUGCCUUCAUGGUGGACAAUGAGGCCAUCUAUGAUAUCUGCCGUAGAAACCUCGACAUUGAGCGUCCUACCUACACCAACCUCAACAGGCUAAUUGGCCAAAUAGUUUCAUCUAUCACCGCUUCCCUUCGUUUUGAUGGUGCCCUCAAUGUUGAUCUGACAGAGUUCCAGACCAACUUGGUGCCCUAUCCCCGUAUCCAUUUCCCUCUGGCCACCUAUGCUCCAGUCAUCUCAGCUGAGAAAGCUUACCAUGAGCAGCUCUCUGUAUCUGAAAUCACCAACGCCUGCUUUGAGCCUGCCAAUCAGAUGGUUAAAUGUGACCCUCGCCAUGGAAAGUACAUGGCCUGCUGCCUUCUGUACCGUGGUGAUGUGGUGCCCAAAGAUGUAAAUGCUGCCAUUGCCACCAUCAAGACCAAAAGGUCUAUCCAGUUUGUUGACUGGUGCCCAACUGGUUUCAAGGUUGGAAUCAACUACCAGCCCCCCACUGUGGUCCCUGGUGGAGACCUGGCCAAGGUCCAGAGGGCUGUGUGCAUGCUGAGCAACACCACGGCUAUUGCUGAGGCCUGGGCUCGGCUUGACCACAAGUUUGACCUGAUGUAUGCUAAACGUGCCUUUGUGCACUGGUAUGUGGGUGAGGGCAUGGAGGAGGGAGAGUUCUCUGAGGCCAGAGAGGACAUGGCAGCUCUGGAGAAGGAUUAUGAGGAGGUGGGGGUUGACUCCAUUGAGGGUGAGGGAGAGGAGGAGGGAGAGGAGUAUUGAAAAGCCACUCUAGGUGAUACUACAUCAAGAAGGAGAAAAAUAUCAGAAAACAUUCCACCAAGAACUAUUUGAUUCUACCCAAACAACUACUGUCGAGAAAAAUAAAACAAAGUUCCUGUGUAAUAAAUAUGUGUGUGAAAUUGUCU